AUUCUUCUUAUAAUCAUUUUUUUCCACAUCAUCUCUUUUGUCUCUUUUCCCAUAGAUAUUCACCAAUAAUUCUUGCUAAAUUAUUGUUCACUCCAAGGCAAACUCACCCGAAUAUUCCCAAUUUUUUUCUCUAUCUUGUUGUUCUAUAUAAAGAAAUACCACAAUUCUCAUUAUCACACAGCGAAUAUCUCUUUGUCCUGAGUUUAUGUUGUAGAUCAGAAUGAGAUUCUUACUGAAAGUUCUUGCCUUUGUGACACUACUUUUAGUGUUUCUAAUAACAACAGAAUCAGCUCCUCAGUCUGCUCUUAUCACCAAACUUCCUGGCUUCAGUGGCACUUUUCCUUCAAAACACUACUCCGGGUACGUCACAAUUGAUAAGGAGCAUGGGAAAAAUCUGUGGUAUUACUUUGUUGAAUCAGAGAUGAAUCCUUCGAAAGAUCCGGUCGUACUCUGGCUCAAUGGUGGUCCAGGUUGCUCAAGCAUGGAUGGAUUUGUAUACGAGCAUGGUCCUUUCAAUUUCGAACCAGCAAAGACAAAUUAUAGUCUCCCACUCCUGCAUCUUAAUCCUUAUAGUUGGUCAAAGGUGUCUAACAUGAUAUACCUUGAUUCACCUGUUGGUGUGGGAUUCUCUUACUCAAAGAACGAAUCUGACUACAUAACCGGUGAUAUGAAAACCGCGGUUGACUCUCACGCGUUCCUUCUCAAGUGGUUCCAGAUGUUUCCCGAGUUUCAGUCAAAUCCGUUUUACAUCUCUGGAGAAUCUUAUGCUGGAGUUUACGUCCCAACUCUGGCUUCAGAAGUUGUCAAAGGGAACAAAGAAGGGUUAAAGCCGGCUCUUAAUUUAAAGGGUUAUUUGGUUGGAAAUGGAGUUGCAGAUUCCAUGUAUGACGGAAACGCUCUUGUCCCGUUUGCACACGGGAUGGGACUAGUCUCUGAUCAGCUCUUUGAGAACGUUACAAAAGCUUGCAAUGGAAAUUUCUACGACAAUCUUAGCCCUGAUUGCGAGGAACAGAUGGCUAAAGUUUCAAUGGAUAUUGACAGGUUGAACAUAUACAACAUUCUUGAGCCAUGUUACCAUGGAACAUCGCUGUCAGCAUUUGACAUCAAAUCGCUGCCUUCAACUCUUCUUCAGUUAGGCAAAACCGAAAAGCCUUUGGCUGUAAGAAAAAGAAUGUUUGGUCGAGCGUGGCCUGUUCGUGCGCCUAUUCUUCCAGGCAUUGUUCCUAGCUGGUCUCAACUCCUUGCUGACGUUUCUGUUCCUUGCAUCGAUGAUAGAGUUGCAACAGCUUGGCUAAACGAUCCAGCGAUCAGGAAAGCUAUUCAUGCUAAAGAGGAGAGCGAGAUAGGAAGAUGGGAACUCUGCACUGGUAAGCUAUGGUUCCAUCACGAUGCAGGAAGUAUGAUCAGCUUCCAUAGAAACCUCACUCUAAGUGGAUAUAGAGCUCUCAUUUACAGCGGUGAUCACGAUAUGUGUGUUCCAUUUACUGGCUCUGAAGCUUGGACACAUUCUCUUGGAUACAAGGUGAUUGAUGAAUGGAGGGCAUGGAUAUCAAAUGACCAAGUCGCAGGGUAUACCGAAGGAUAUGCAAACAAUCUCACAUUUUUAACCAUAAAGGGUGCAGGACAUACUGUUCCUGAGUACAAACCGCGGGAGGCUUUGGAUUUCUAUAGCCGAUUUCUAGCAGGAAGCAAGAUUUAAGAGAGAUCUCUAUUGAAAAAUAAGUACAGAGCAUCAUAUCGUGUAUUGACUCGUUUCGAUUAAAAAAGACCAUGUCCUAUUCAGCUUGUGAAUGGUUGAUUCUUUCUUCAUGAUAAAACACCAUGCAUACCUCUUCUUCCAGUAAAAUGCUUGCCGUUUCUAACUUCAA